UAGGUGCGUAUUUUACGGUCGCUCAGGAGUCGCGAAAGUCUCAUGAUCGUGUCUGACAGAGUCCUCCAGCUGUGUGUGAUCAAAAGUUGUCUGCUUGUGAUGGUAGUAACAUUGUGUGUUGUUUUUAUACUUUCAGCUUGUGUUCACAACUGUGAUGGGAACCUGCGCUUUGCCUCCUACUAUGGAGACCACAUGGUGUUGCAGCAGUCUCCAGAGAGAGCUGUGCUGUGGGGCUAUGGACCUGAGGGGGCUCAGGUCACCGUCUCCUUGUCAGGGCCAAUAAAACAGAAACCCUUAGUGGUCACUGUGACAAAAGGUAUCUGGCGAGUGAGCCUUGACCCUGUUGAGGCCGGUGGUCCCUACAUUGUGAUAGCAGCUGUUCAGAACGCCACGGCCGUUCUAACAGAUGUGCUGUUUGGAGAUGUUUGGCUGUGUGGAGGACAGAGCAACAUGUACUUUAAAACAUCUCAGAUUUUCAAUGCAUCACAGGAGCUGGCCCUUGCAGCAAAGUAUCCUCAUGUGAGGCCCUUUAUGGCAGCUUUGAGGCUGAGUGAAACUGAGCUGAUUGAUUUGAUUCAAGUGGAGCUUCCCUGGUCUGUGCCCACAGCAAGAGGCGUGGCAGAGUUCUCUGCAGUGUGCUGGCUCUUUGGACGUUACAUGUAUGAGACCCUGAAGUACCCCAUAGGACUGGUGGAGUCCUGUUGGGGAGGCACGCCUGUCGAAGCUUGGUCAUCUUCAAGAGCACUGCAGCAGUGCGAACUAGAGCAAACUAAAGACGGUGUGUAUUUUUGUUUCAGGAUCCAUCCCAGAGACAAGCAAGAUGUAGCCUACAGACUGACUUUGGGAGCGAGGGCAAUUGCUUACAAUGAGAAGGACGUGCUCUUCCUCGGACCUUUCCCCAAACAAAUCCUGUCCACUCACAAAUAUGUCAACAUCACCUACGACCAGACGGUCUCGGUCACACCGUCCAAAGGCAUCUUUGAGAUCUGUUGCUUGGGUACUAAAGCUCCAUGUGAGCCCAAGUCUCCUUGGGUUCCAGUUCCCAUCAUGCAGUGGGGUGUGACCACUGUCCUGUUACCCAAUUUGUGUGGCGGUGAAGUGGCUGCCCUCCGAUAUGCAUGGAAAGACUGGCCCUGCGACUUUAAAGCCUGUCCAAUCUACAGCCGCAGUAGGAUUUUACCUGCACCUCCCUUUAUCAUCAAUGCGGCUGAAGGAAACGUUUGGAAAAGUUACUGAACCAGAAACUGUAAGAAGACAAAGUGAUAAAAAAAAAAGGUGUACUUUUUGUUUCUUUAGGUCAAAAUGAGCUGAUUGGACAGAUAUGAAGCCAGAUCGACCAGACCUUAAGUUCAACAAGGCAAUUCAUGACACUGUGGUGAUGAGCUAGAUGCCGUCAAUAUUCAACCAAUCAAUCCUAGCAGUUAGUCUGGCAGGACACUCACCAUCAUUUUGUAAUUUUUUAUUUUUUUUUUAAAGAUCAGUCUGUCUGCUAAACCACUGAACAUGCUUACUGGAGCUUAAAAACCCUGGGACAGAUAUAUGGCUAUAUAUCAUUUUGGUUACACUCUUGUAUACAGUCUAUGCUGCUACAACCACUGUCAAUAAUUGCUGGACUGUAUGAAUGUAGACAAGUAUGACAAAUGUUUAUUUUUAUUUGAACAACACAAAUGUGUCUUUUUAAAUUGAACAUAAUUUGCACAAAUAAAAUACAAAUCCACAACUAA